AUGAAGCUGAAAGAGUUAGAGGGUCAUCUAGGUUCUCUUGAUCAAUUUCCUAACCCUAAGAUUGAGCUUGAACAAUAUCCAACAGGACCUCACAUCGCUUCUCGUAUGCUGUUUCUUGCAGAGAAUUCUUAUGACGAUGUGAGCAACAAAGUAGUAGCUGACUUUGGAUGUGGUUGUGGUACUUUAGGCAUUGCAGCUGCCCUUUUGAACGCAGAACAUGUUCUCAGCAUUGACGUUGAUCCAGAAUCUCUUGAAAUAGCAUCGCUUAAUGCUGAGGAACUCGAGCUGGACAUGGAUUUUAUUCAAUCUAAUAUCAUGGACUUGAGAUGGAGAGGUCCAGUUGUCGAUACAGUUAUAAUGAAUCCUCCAUUUGGAACUCGGAAAAAGGGUGCAGAUUUGGAGUUUCUUUCUGCUGCUAUGAAGGUUGCUUCUCAAGCUGUUUAUUCUCUGCAUAAAACUUCAACAAGAGAUCAUGUGAAACGUGCAGCCUUAAGGGAUUUCAAUGCUAGAAGUGCUGAAGUUCUAUGUGAGCUUCGGUAUGAUGUGCCGAAAUUGUACAAAUUUCAUAAGAAGAAAGAGGUCGAUAUUGCUGUUGAUCUCUGGCGUUUUGAACCUGCAAGUCAUCAGAGCUGA